CUCUCCAUUGUCAUGUACCGGAGCCGGGGCUGAGCAGCCGCCGCUUCUCAGUCGGGAGAGAGACAACGCCCCUCUGUGCCCAGCCGGGGAGACUUUCUCCGGUGACUGGAACCAGCCCCAGGUUCUGCCGACACCAGCCCCUGAGCCACAGACGCCAGGCUGAAGAACCACAUCCGGUCUAUUCCAGACUGCACUACCCUCCCGGGGCAUGGGGCAGGGACAUGGCUGGAGUAGAGUUGGCUCAGGAGCCGGUGACCUUCGAGGAGGUGGCUGUGUAUUUCACCAAGGAGCAGUGGGCUCUGCUGGUCCCAGGUCAGAGAGCCCUCUACAGGGACGUCAUGCAGGAGAAUUAUGAGGCUGUGGCCUCACUGGGGUUUCCCGUUCCCAAAUCCCUUGUGAUCUCCCAGCUGGAAGGAGGGGAGGAGCCGUGGGUCCCAGAUCCCCAGCGCUCUGAGGACAGGGAGGUCCCAAGAUGCAGCCACAGAGAGGCACUGACUCGUGUCUGGAUUCUCUCGAUUGCAGCUGCCGAGGGGAUGGUGAGGGAGGAGGAGGAGAGGCCGCAGCAGGACACCCCUGAGCAGCUGCAGAGCCCUGGUCAGGGAGCAGCCUGUGUGACUGAGAGCGGUUCAGGAAGGCAGCAGAGAAACUCGCCCUCGGAGUCGGAGUGUGAGCGAGGCACUGGGCCGCACCCCGUCCGGGGCCCAUCCCCUCCCUGUGGUGGAGCCGUGGAGAGUCAGGGCCAGGCCAGGGAGCGGCCCAACAUAUGCAGAGAGUGCGGGAAAGGCUUCCGGCGCGGCUCAGACCUCACUAAGCACCGCCGGUCCCACGGCGACCGUCCCCACCAGUGCCCCGAGUGCGGGAAAGGCUUCCCUGUCCGCUCGGCCCUGGCCACCCACCGGCGCAUCCACACGGGGGAGCGCCCCUAUGCCUGCGAUGCCUGUGGGAAGCGCUUCGGACAGAGCUCCCACCUCAUGCAGCACCUGCGCUCCCACACAGGGGAGAAGCCCCACCGGUGCCCCGAGUGUGGGAAGAGCUUCCGGGAGGGCUCCACGCUGGCCCGGCACCGCCGCACCCACCGCCAGGAGAAGCCCCACACCUGCCCCCACUGCGGGAAGGGUUUCCACGAGCGGUCCAACUUCGCCCGGCACCAGCGCACCCACGCCGGGGAGCUACUUCCUGCCCCAGAGGAGGAGGGGAAGUCCUUCAUCUGCCCCGAGUGCGGGAAGGGCUUUGGCCGCAACGCCUACCUGACCCUGCACCGGCGCGUGCACACAGGAGAGCGGCCCUAUGCCUGCGCCGACUGCGGGAAGAGCUUCAGCGCCAGCUCCAACCUGACCCGGCACCAGCGCGUCCACACGGGCGAGAGACCCUACCCCUGCGCCCGCUGUGGGAAACGCUUCUCCCAGAGCUCCACCCUCUUUGUGCACCUGCGCACCCACACCGGGGAGGCACCCUACCGCUGCGCUGCCUGCGGGAGGGGCUUCAGCCAGAACUCCACCCUCCUGACGCACCAGCGCACCCAUAGGGAUGGGAAACCCUGCCGCCAGCCCCCGGGAGCCUGUGCCAGGGACGGGCCCUACCUGGGCAAGUGCUGUGUCAGUGACCCGCUGCUCCAGAGGCACCAGAAGACGCACCUGUGAUGGGGGACCUGGCCCCACCCAGAGGCAUGGUAGAGCGCAGCCCUGAGGACUAGCCCAGGGUCAGUUUCUUGCUCUGCCACAAAUCACUUAGGCCCAGAUCGUCAAAGGUAUUUAGGCUCCUGACUCCUAUUGAUUUAAAUGGGCUUUAGGGCCAGAUUUUAAAGGUAUUUGGGUGCUUAAAGAUGCCUAAAAAUUCAGUUCCAAAAGGGAACCAAAAAAAGUAGAAAUUUCCCAUGCAACAAAAUUCCAUCAUGUUCUGGUUGUGACUUUAUAUGUUUAUACACCUCUACCCCGAUAUAACGCUGUCCUCGGGAGCCAAAAAAUCGUACUGCA